AUGCCCCGCCGUCGCAAGCCGCCCCGGCCAGGCGCCCUCGCCGACCUGCCCCCUCUACGCAUCGCCUCGCAAAUCGCUGCACUGCAAGGCCUGUACUACGCCGCGGCGCUGGUGCUGAUGCUUUUCACCGCGCUCGUCGCCGGCACAGGCUUCACGCUGGACUUGGUCUUUGGAUGGGAGGCCGUACGGGGAGAUACGACGCAGGGGUGGCUGUCCGCGUUUGUGUGGGUUCUGGAUGGGGGGUUCUGCAUGGCCGUCGCAAUCAUCAUCCUCAUUAGCCGUUCGAAACUUGUACCCGACUUCGCGCUGACGUUGCACGGUCUGCACCUCGUCAUCUCGAGUGUCUACACUGGCCGCGUGCCCAGGAACACCAUGUGGUGGGGCACGAUGGCGACGAGCGCCGCCAUCUGCGUUGCACUCGCCAUCUGGGGUUCGAGGUACCGCGAGCUCAAGCCCAUCUCGUUCGGCGGGCAUGCUGCAAGCGCAAGCACGGCGAAUGCGCCCGAGGCUCAGCAGAACGGUGCUGCCGCGGAUGAGGAGGAGGGUGUUGGGUUCUCUAGAGGCAGGGGGAGGGGAAGGGGGAGGGACGGCGAGGCCGGAUAUGAGAUGGUUGGCAUCGAGAGGAGGGAUUCGUGA